CCACACGGCGGCUGGAAGACGCCACCGCGGACGCGCGCCUCCCGGGUGAAGUUCCAGAGCUAGACUCAGUUUCGGACUCGGUCUUGCAGCGCCUCUAGGCUGCAGAUACCUGCGCUGGGCUCAUCCUGGGAAGCCGGGAGAAGAGAGGAGAUAGGAGGAGGCGGGAGGUGGGGGGGGAGGAGGAGAGCGGCAGCUUACACACGCCUUCCAGUCCCUCCACUCAGAGCAGCCCAGAAACCGCUGCUGGCGCCACUGCUAUCUCUGCCACCGCCGCUGCCACCUGAGGAGACUGCCUGGAUCUAUCGCUCCCCUGUCGCAACACCCAACGAUUCUUUUUUUGGCCCUGGGCUUUCUAUGCACACUGCCACUACCAUUAUUAUUAUUAUUCCGAGAGAAGGUAAAUAACUGACCGUCUGAAAAGAACCGAGAACACCUAUCCGAAUUACUCAAGUGUCUCCCGGGAAGAGAGGGGUCGCUGGUUCCGGGAAGAGCAGGCGAAGGGGACAAGGGCGGGUGUUUAAGGGGAGCCAGGAGGAGUUGGGGCACUGCGUGGUGGAAAGUUGCGGGCGGCGGAGACCCGGAGGUGCAGCGCCACAACCCAGAGGGCGGUGUGUCUGGGAAAAGCCGCUGCCCCCAGCGUCCCGACCCGCGAGCUCGCGGGCAGCGCGGGGCCGGGAACGACGCCCCCUCCUGCGGUGCGGAGUCAGUCGGUGCUCCCAGAGAAGGAGGAGGAAUAUGGCAUCGAAGGCGGCCCCCUCCUGCCGUCUGGUCUUCUGCCUCUUGAUCUCAGCUGCUGCUCUUCGGCCAGGUCUCGGAUUGUAUACUGUAAACUCAGCAUAUGGAGAUAACAUUAUCAUGCCUUGCCGACUCGAUGUACCUCAGAAUCUCAUGUUUGGCAAAUGGAAAUAUGAAAAGCCCGAUGGCUCCCCAGUAUUUAUUGCCUUCAGGUCCUCCACAAAGAAAAGUGUGCAGUAUGACGAUGUACCAGAAUACAAAAACAGAUUGAGCCUCUCAGAAAACUACACUUUGUCUAUCAGUAAUGCAAAGAUCAGUGAUGAGAAGAGAUUUGUGUGCAUGCUGGUCACAGAGGACAACGUGUUUGAGGCACCUACGGUAGUCAAGGUGUUCAAGCAACCAUCUAAACCUGAAAUUGUAAGCAAAGCUCCAUUUCUUGAAACAGAGAAGCUUAAAAAGUUGGGUGAGUGCAUUUCAAAAGACAGUUAUCCAGAUGGCAACAUCACGUGGUACAGGAAUGGAAAAGUGCUGCAACCCCUUGAAGAAGCGGUGGUCAUAAUUUUUAAAAAGCAAAUGGACCCAGUAACUCAGCUCUAUACCAUGACUUCAUCCCUGGAGUAUAAGACAACCAAGGCUGACAUACAAAUGCCAUUCACCUGCUCUGUGACAUAUUAUGGACCAUCUGGCCAGAAAACAGUGUACUCUGAACAAGCAAUCUUUGAUAUUUACUAUCCUACAGAGCAGGUGACAAUACAAGUGCUGCCACCAAAAAAUGCCAUCAAAGAAGGAGACAACAUCACUCUUAAAUGCCUGGGAAACGGGAACCCUCCUCCUGAAGAGUUUUUGUUUUACUUACCAGGACAGCCCGAAGGAAUAAGAAGUUCAAAUACUUACACAUUGACAGAUGUGAGACGCAAUGCAACAGGAGACUACAAAUGCUCCCUGAUAGACAAAAAAAGCAUGAUUGCUUCAACAACCAUCACGGUUCACUAUUUGGAUUUGUCCUUAAACCCAAGUGGGGAAGUGACCAAGCAGAUUGGCGAUGCUUUGCCUGUGUCAUGCACAAUAUCUGCUAGUAGGAACGCAACUGUGGUAUGGAUGAAAGAUAACGUCAGGCUUCGAUCAAGCCCAUCAUUUUCUAGUCUCCAUUAUCAGGAUGCUGGAAACUACGUCUGUGAAACUGCUCUGCAAGAGGUUGAAGGACUAAAGAAAAGAGAGUCAUUGACGCUCAUUGUAGAAGGAAAACCUCAAAUCAAAAUGACAAAGAAAACUGAUCCCAGUGGACUAUCUAAAACAAUAAUCUGCCAUGUGGAAGGUUUUCCGAAGCCAGCUAUACAGUGGACAAUUACUGGCAGUGGAAGCGUCAUAAACCAAACAGAGGAAUCUCCUUAUAUCAAUGGCAGGUAUUAUAGUAAAAUUAUCAUUUCCCCUGAAGAGAAUGUUACCUUAACUUGCACAGCAGAAAACCAGCUGGAGAGAACAGUAAACUCCUUGAAUGUCUCUGCUAUAAGUAUUCCAGAACACGAUGAGGCAGACGAGAUAAGUGAUGAAAACAAGGAGAAGGUGAAUGACCAGGCAAAACUAAUCGUGGGAAUCGUGGUUGGUCUCCUCCUUGCUGCUCUGGUUGCUGGUGUUGUCUAUUGGCUGUAUAUGAAGAAAUCAAAGACUGCAUCAAAACACGUAAACAAGGACCUUGGUAAUCUGGAAGAAAACAAAAAGUUAGAAGAAAACAAUCACAAAACAGAAGCCUAAGAGAGAAACUAUUCUACUUGUCGUCCAGGAUUCAUUCCUUAAUCCUGUGUAAACAUAGAGUUUACCUUCUGUUUUCUUCAAAAUCAGAUAAAUUCUCAAAGGGAAACUGAAGUUGAAGACAAAGCCCACAAAAUUAAGUGUGAUUUGAAGAGAUAAAUGAAUUUUUUGACCUGGAAAGAAAUAGAAUGAAAUAUUUUCCUGAAAAACCUUAAAAUCUUCAUAAGAAUUUAGCAAUUUGCACAAAAAUAAAAAUUCUCAACAACUCAGAAAAAUUCUUUGUGGAAGAGCUGCAGCGAUACCUGAGAUUACAGCUGGGUUCAGGGACAAUGGAAUUUUAUAAAAAGCUCUUAUGAAAUAUCACUUUUAGUAUAAAGCAUAUGUUUAUUGUGAAAUUAUCACUAUGGUAACUUAUCUGAAUUAAGUUUUUCUCAUCAUUUCAGAGAAAAAACUAUAUAGACCAAUUGAAGCAUGAACGUGGAUUGUAUUUAAGACAUAUACAAAGACAUUGACAGCAAUUCAUGGUUCAAGUAUUAAGCAGUUCAUUCUACCAAGCUGUCGCUGGAUUUUAGAGAAUUAUCUCAAGUAAAACAAUGAAAUGAAAUUACAAACAAUGACAACAAGUUUUGGCAGCCAUGAUAGUAGGUCAUAUGUUGCGUUGGUUUGAUUUUUUUUUUUUUUUCUGUAAAUGUCUGCACUGAGAAUUUCUUUUUGGUUUGCCUUUUAUGUAAAUUUUUUACGUAGCUAUUUUUAUACACUGUAAGCUUUGUUCUGGGAGUUGCUGUUAAUCUGAUGUAUAAUGUAAUGUUUUUAUUUCAAUUGUUUAUAUUGGAUAAUCUGAGCAGGUACAUUUCUGAUUCUGAUUGCUAUCAGGAAUGCCCCCAAACUUUCGCACAAGCACCUAAAUCCCAAAGGUGGCAGCUUGUGAAGAUUGGGGACACAUACUGCCCUAAUCAAAAACUCUUGAUUUUUAUCACAAGAGGGGAGGAGGCAGAGAGUCAGAUGAAGAAGCCCCAGAUCAGCUGAUUCUGUGUAUGUGCCACCAACCAACUCUCAAAAAUAAAUCAUACCCACAUAUGGACACACAUUAUGGUACUCCCAAACUGACAAAUUUUGCCUUUUCUAUAAAAAAAAUUAACACAGAAUUUGGAUAGCAUUUACCUUUAAAGAUACCUGCUAAUAAAUUAUUUUCUGUCAAAAUUAAAAAACAAGUCAAUGUGUGAGAGACAGUUUGGAAAAAUCAUGGAUGAUAUCCCCAUUUCCAUAGAUCACAGUGUAAAUCACUGUAAUUGAAAAUUGGUAUUAAAUCCUUUGGGUUAUCCACUGCCUUAAAAUUAUACCUGUUUCCUUUAAAGAAAAAAGAUAUCAGUCAGAAUUGGAGAUUUUUAACAGUGAUCAUUAUCAAAGCUGUGUUAUUUUCCACAGAAUAUAGAAUAUAUAUUUUUUUCGUGUGUGUUUUUGUUAACUACGCUACAGAUAUUGAAUGCACCUUGAGAUAAUUUAGUGUUUUUAACUGGUACAUAAUUUAUCAAGCAGUACAUGAAAGUGUAAUAAUAAAAUGUCUAUGUAUCUUUAGUUACAUUCAAAUUUGUAACUUUAUAAACAAACAUGUUUUAUGCUUGAGGAACUUUUUAGGGUGGUAGUAUAAAUGGAAACCUUUUGAAGUAGACUGGACAUGGGCCAAUAGCUACUUGUGACUAGACUUUCAAACUUUGCUCUUUCAAGCAGAAGCCUGGUUUCUGGGAGAACACUGCACAGCCAUUUUUGUCCCAGGAUUUACAUAACUUUAUUGGAAAAGAAAAAUGAACACCAGAUUUCCAGGUAUAAAACUGUGUUCUUUGGGAGUAAAGGAAAACUGGUGUUUAUUUUUUAGAUAGAUGGAAUAGGAAAUUAUGAGGGCAAUGAGAAAUAAAUUGAAGAUUAAUGUCAGAUGACAAUUAGGAAUAAUUUGCCACUUCUGCAUUAUUUAGAAACAUACACCAUUGUACAUUUGUAAACUGUUUGCUGUCUGGGCGAUAGUGACUCAGUUUAAUAAAAGCUUCCUGUAGUGUAUUGGUAUGGAUUAAAUACAUAAAAUAUCCUAUUAGACUUGAUGCUGUAUAAAAUAUUAUGGAAAAAAAGAAAAUAUGUUAUUUUGCCUCUAAACUUUGAUUUAUUGAAGUUUUAUUUGGCAGGAAAAAAAUUGAAUCUUGGUCAAUAUUUAAACCAAAGUGAAAGGGGAAAAACCAAAGUUAUUUGUUUUGCAUGGCUAAGCCAUUAUGUUAUCUCUGUAAAUACUGUGAUUUCUUUUUUCUUUUAUCUUUAGAAUUUUGUUAAAGAAAUUCUAAAAUUUUUAAACACCUGCUUUCCACAAUAAACUAUGAACACUAAAAUGAAAUUAUUUCCAUAUAAAUAUAUAUUUUUUUCUUUUUUCUUUGGGUGCAAGAGAUCAAAGAUUCAAAGUCUAACUCCUAAGAUAAAUUUUCAGAAAGAAGCAAUGUGACAAUAGAAAGAGAGGUUUAUACUACAAUUAUUUCUUGGCUUCUAUGGUUAACUAAGUCCAAACAAACAGCUGUCCGAACCUUGAGAGCAGAACGUGGGAUAUUGAGCUAUGGAUGCAAAGCAGAAAGUUUGCUGAGUGAAAAAGGGACAGUAUUGUUACCAGUAAAUCAAUGCCUGGAUAAAAAGGAAAGCUUAUGUGUGUAACAGCAAGGCCAGAAAGGAAGAUCAUAUACAAUCCUCCACUUUUGAGGUUUCGUCUCUUCAGUUUUACUCUUUGGCAGCAAGAGAUAGGUUUUGCCAGUUCAAGGUUCACUCCCUAUCUGUGAUUCCAGGAAUUGUAUGUGGAAAUGGAUUAACAUACCCGUCUAUGCCUAAAAGAUAAUAAAACUGAAAUAUGUCUUCACA